AUGGAGAACACGACCAAACAUAUUGGGCUCACAGACGCUCAGUUUGAGCAUGUCACAAGCUUCGACCCAGCCAUCUUGGCAGAGGGACAACGCUUCAUCGAAGAAGAGAAAGCUGCCACGCAAGGUCAAACUCUUCGGACACACUGGCGUGGCGCCCUGUUCAGUUUGGCCUUGAGCUUCGCUCUUGUCAUGGAAGGUUUCGACUGUAUAAUCGGUUCCUUCUACGGACAACCAGCUUUCCAGAGAACUUUUGGAAAGCUGCAAGCAGACGGUAGCUAUCAGAUCUCGGCCAACGAUCAAUCUUUGAUCGGAAACAUUGGCACAAUCGGGAACAUAGGCGGUCUGCUUGUGACUGGAAUCUGCCAAGAGCGUUUCGGAUCAAGGAAGACUUACAUUGGCGGUAUGGCUUGGAUGAUCUUUGUUAUCUUCCUCAUCGUCUUCGCGAAGAACAUCAAAAUGUUCGCCGCGGCGAACUUUCUGGAGCAAAUUGGCUUUGGUCUCUUCCAGACAUUGACCACAGCUUACGCCGCUGAAAUUUGUCCAAUCAACCUGCGAGGUCUUCUUGCCUCUUUCGUCAACAUGGCUUGGGGUAUCGGUCUGGUCUUGAGCGCUGGCGUGGGCCGAGCCUCCCUUGACAUUGACCAAACCAGUAACUGGGCGUGGAGACUUCCCUACUGUUUGCAAUGGGUCUGGCCUAUUCCCCUCGCCAUCUUCUGCUAUCUCGCCCCCGAAAGUCCAUGGUGGUUAAUUCGAAAAGGCCGAUUCGAGGAGGCCGAACAAUCUCUUCGCGCGGCGGCCGCUCCAGGCCAUUACGAUGGACGAGACCUUUCCGCAUACGUCACAUACAUGAGGCAUGUCGAUAUGAUGGACAGAGUUGAGGCGAAGUCUGGCAGCUUCAAAGAAUGCUUCACCGGCACAAACAGAAGGAGGACCGAAAUCAUGUUCGGCGUCUGGCUCAUUCAAGUCUGGGGAGGUCAAGGUAUCACUGGACUUGCCGUCCAAUUCUUUGAGGACUCUGGCUUGUCUGUUCAAGGGGCAUUUGAUGUGAACCUUGCCAUCAACUGCAUGGUCAUUCUCGGUUGCAUGAUUACUUGGGCCCUGCUCCCUUACUUUGGACGACGACCAAUGUACCUGUUCUCGCUCUUUGCCACGGCCGCUUGCUUGCUCGUCAUUGGUACAAUCGCAUUCACCAAGAUCACCAAUGGUGGCCGACUCGCAAUGGCGGUCCUCAUGAUCCUGAUCCAGCUUCUGUACUCGACCAGUAUUGGGCCCUUGUGUUACGCAAUUUCGGGUGAACUGCCAAAUUCACGAGUUCGUUCGCAAAGUAUUGUUCUUGGACGAGGCCUCUAUUGUGUGUGUGGUUUCAUUACUGGACAACUCGGACCACGUUUCGUCAACCCCACAGGGUGGAACCUCGGAGCAAAAUCAGCCUACUUCUGGCUGGGGACUAACAUUGUUUGCACGACAUGGUGCUACUUCCGACUGCCUGAGACCGGAGGAUUCUCAUUCGCUGAGCUUGACAUCUUGUUCGCCAACAAGGUGUCCACAAGAAAGUUCAAGCAUGUCGUCAUUCACGAUGAGGUGGUUGAGAGUAAGCCUGUUGCUGAGCUGGAGGAGAAGCCCACAACGGCUGGAGAGCAAGUCGCUCAUUUGGAAUAA